GGAAUACAGCGGCAAUAUGAGCUUGGGCAAUACAUGCGGAAGAGAUAUAAACAUUUCCUGAGUACCGUAUAUAACCAGUUUGAGAUUUAUGUUCAAAGCACAGAUGCUGAUCCAACUCUUAUGAGUGCCCAGGCAAGUCUUGCUGGGCUGUAUCCACUGGCUAGUAAUCAGGUCUGGAACCCCAAAAUUCUUUGGCAGCCAAUCCCAGUUCACACUGUGCCAAUGUCACAUGACAAGUUGCUACACUUACCUUAUUCAAACUGCCCACGAUACAACAAACUUCAGAAAGAAACUUUUGCAACAAGGGCAUUUCGAAGACACUUCAAACACUACAGGCCGUUUCUGAGAUUUUUAGCAGUUCACACAGGAUACCCAUUGAAGAGGCUGAACACUGAAACAAUUAUAAAAAUAUAUGACACCUUACUAUGUGAGGAGAUCAACAAUUAUACUUUACCAUCAUGGGCCACUCAUGGUGUCAGGACCAAGCUUCUAAAGCUCACAGAACUGCUGCUACGGGCAGAAUUUGGGCUCCACAAACAAAAACAGAAGUCCCGACUCCAGGGAGGUGUUCUUUUAAAAGAUAUUCUGAAACAUCUCUCGACUGCCAGAAAGCCUUCCAACCAGCGAAAGAUAAUUAUCUAUUCUGGACAUGCUGCUACCAUCGUUGCUUUACAGAUGGCACUCAAUGUUUUCAAUGGAAAACUCCCUCCAUACGGUGCCUGCCAUUUUUUUGAACUUUACCAGGAAAAGGAUGGGCAAUACACCAUUGAAAUGUACUAUCGGAAUCACUCUUUGAAAGAUCCCCACCCGCUCACUCUGCCAGGCUGCAAAUUUCGCUGUCCUAUCGAGCAAUUUAAUCAGCUACUUUCGUCAGUCAUAGUGCACCAUUGGACAAAAGAAUGCAGGAUGUAG